AUGGCCAACAUGAAGGACCGUCAGCAGCUGCACCGCGCUCGCAUCCUCUCGAGCGUGGCUGCCACCUUUGUGUCUCUGGCCUGCGGAAGCAACUAUGUCUACUCGGCAUGGGCCCCUCAAUUCGCCGACCGCCUGAAGUAUUCGACAACCCAGAGCAACCUCAUCGGUCUUGCCGGAAACCUCGGCAUGUACGCCUUCGGCAUGCCUGUCGGAAUCCUCGUCGAUGCGAAGGGACCCCGUCCGGCCGCCCUCCUCGGGUCCAUAAUGCUGGCGUUGGGUUACUUCCCGCUACACCUGGCCUACGAUAAAGGCUCUGGCUCCGUCGCCCUCAUGUGUCUCUACUCGUUCCUGUCCGGCUUGGGAGGGUGUACAGCCUUCGCCGCCGCUGUCAAGACGUCUGCCUUGAACUGGCCGCACCACAGGGGCACAGCGACGGCCUUCCCCCUGGCUGCAUUUGGGCUGAGUGCAUUUUUCUUCUCACUUAUCGGCGGCUUCCUCUUCCCGGGUGACACAGGCGACUUCUUGUUGCUUCUGGCCUACGGCACGGCUGGCAUGACCUUCCUCGGUUUCUGGUUCCUCCGUGUCAUCCCACACCAUGGCAGCUAUCAGUCCGUGGCUGCCGACGAGGACGAGGGCAAGGUUCGGUCAGACGCUCCCUUUGUCGAGCCUGCGGAUCAAGAAUCCGGCACGGCGGCCGCAACGCCCAAGAACCCCUACGAUUUGACCAGUGGUCGGACCGGAGACGGAGAAGGCGAAGGCGAAGGCGAAUCGUCCACCCUCACGACGGCAGCAUCAUCCACAAUCGUCGCCGAGACGGACGAUUCAGACGAAACCUCAUCACUUGUCUCCUCCAAGGGCUCCUCGGUGGCAGGCGAAGUUUAUGUGCAGAAUGUUGAUAUGGAUCGGUCUCAUUUGGUAGAUAUUCGUGGCUGGCAGAUCCUGCGCAGUCUCGAGUUCUGGCAGUUCUUUGCCAUCAUGGGCAUUCUGGCAGGCAUCGGCUUGAUGACCAUCAACAACAUUGGGCACAGCGUGCAAGCAUUAUGGUCGCACUACGAUGAUUCUGUGAGCAACGAUAGUCUGCUCAAACGACAGCAGCUUCAUGUAUCUAUCCUUUCUGUCUGCAGUUUCUCGGGUCGCCUGCUGAGCGGUGUCGGCUCCGACUUCCUCGUCAAAGUGCUUCACGCAAGCCGCGUCUGGUGUCUUGUCGUCGCGGGUUUCAUCUUCACUGUCGCCCAGGUCUGCGCCUUGGACAUGGUCAACCCGAACCUGCUGGGCUUCGUUUCCGGUCUUUCAGGCCUUGGCUACGGUUUCCUUUUUGGCGUGUUCCCCUCCAUCGUUGCGGAGAGCUUUGGCAUCCACGGGCUUUCUCAAAACUGGGGCCUCAUGACCAUGAGCCCGGUCGUUUCCGGGAAUAUCUUCAACUUGUUCUACGGUGUCGUAUUCGACCACCAUAGCGUGGUCGGCCCUAAUGGCGAGCGUUCUUGCGUGGAGGGGCUACAGUGCUACCGCGCCGCCUACCUGGUCACAUUGGCGUCUUGCAUCGUUGGAUUUGUCCUCACUCUAUUUGUGAUCCGGCACCAGUCCGUUCAGAAACAAAGGGAUGCUAAAAGCAAAGAUGGCCUUGAGGACUGA